ACUGAUUCUCCAAUAGUGACUCGCGGGGUGGGCAGACGUCUGUGAAAAAAGUUUUAAAUUGAACAGCCAAAAUGUCAGUAAAGAACUCCAAGCCAAACCUCAGUCACCCCCAGGUGUCUGAGAUGGUGAAGCGCGUGUUCGGCUUGACCCCAUCGCUGAUUCGCUCACUUCCCAGCUACGACGAUCAAAACUUCUUUGUGGCUACCACCGAAGGUGGGGAGUAUGUGCUGAAGGUGAUGAACUCUGCUGACAGUCAAAACCCUACCCUGCUGGAGUUGCAGACCCAUGCCAUGACCUUUCUGCACCAGCGGGGUCUUCCAGCUCAGACAGCCCUCCCCACCUGCACAGGACAACUCAUGAGUCUGGAAGAGAUCGACUGUGGGUUUGGUGUUCAUAAGUACCUUGUCCGGCUGCUGACUUAUUUGCCUGGGUCCGUCAUUGCGAAGAUCCCCUGCUCACCGCAAGUACUGUAUGAAGUAGGCAAAAUGGCUGCCAAGAUAGACACAAUCAUGCAGGAGAUGGAGCAUCCUCAGCUUCCUAGUCUGCAGAGGACAAACUUCAUCUGGAGCCUGUCCAGUAUUCCACUCCUGGAGCCUUACAUCCCUUUAAUGGAUGGAGACCCAGUUCAGGAAGUGGUGAAGGCAGUCAUGGAGCAGUACAAAACACGCAUCAUUCCCAAACUAGGUUAUUUUAGAAAGUGUAUCAAUCACGGAGAUUUUAACGACCACAACAUCUUGGCUCAACCCGACGGUUCAGCCGGCUACAAGAUCUCCGGGAUCCUGGACUUCGGGGACAUGAGCAGCGGGUAUUAUGUGUUUGAGCUAUCCAUCACCAUCAUGUACAUGAUGAUCGAAAACCCCAGUCCCCUGGACGUAGGAGGCCCUGUACUGGCAGGCUGGGAGAGCGUCUUCCCCCUCAACGAGGCGGAGAAGGAGGCGCUCUACCUGUUGGUGCUGUGCCGCUUCUGCCAGUCCCUCGUUCUGGCCCGUCAUGCCGUGGUCCAACAGCCCGAGAACGAGGAGUACUUGAUGACCACGGCGAAGACGGGCAUCCGCCAUCUUUGUCGGCUCUGGGAACUGGGCGAGGAGGAAGUCGUGGCGAACUGGUUUCGUGGCGCUGCCCUGUACGCAGAGAGUGACAAAUCCAACAUAGUAGGUGUGGCAUGACGUGCUGUGUGCCUUCCCUAGAACAGCGUGACCUACCGGUUCCGUUAUUUUUCUUUUUUUUUUUUCUUCAAAGAAUCUUGGAAAAAUCGUUAAUUGAUUUUUAAUCGAAUCUUGGCCCUAAGAAUCGAAUCGUGAGGUACUCAAAGAUUCCCACCCCUAUUAGACAACCAGCUGAUUGAAGAGAGAGUUAAUUUACACCUCGACAAUAACAAUAACCAGUUCAGUCACAGCAUUAGUAGCAAAGUCUCUCUGAGACAUGAAGGUCAGAGGAAGAAAACCACAACUGUAUUUUAGGAAGGCUUACCAUACCAGGACUGGUAAAAGCUAGGCCUAGAAGGUCAACUGGAAUGGAUCAGCUCUGCUGUUCAGCCGGUACUGCUAGCAACUGUCCUGCACAUUGCUUUGGCUAGAAACAUCUGCUAAAUGAAGACAUUAUUAUGUUCAAAAUAAGUUCAGUUUACACCAAUACACCCCUCAAAGGUCCAGUCUUCCCCAUACAUAGUUUCACUCAUGCAAUAAUACUUUGUACCCCUGAACUGUGAUGAAUUGUAACUAUAUUUAUGUAGUUCCUAUGUAACUCAAAUGUUGUUAUAGUAGAUAUUGGUAUGAAGUUACAUGGUUGGUAAUGCAGCCUCAUUAUAAAGUUCCAAAGAAAUCUAAGUACUGUGUUUGAGCAUUGUCAUGUAAAAGGAUUCAUUCUGAAAAGAUUGUAACAACAGACAAAAGUCUGUUAAUUGAUAUCCUUGCAACUGAUGUGAAGGAUUUAAAUCCUUCUGAAAAUAUGAAAAAGGUGCAUAUGGGCACAGUAAGUUAAUGGUUUGAUGGGUGCAUCUGAAGUACACAAAGAUUAAUAACUCUAUACCUAUGAAUUACAUAUACAAAUUAUUUUCUGUUGUUUUUAUAGGCACAUUAUCAAUCACCAGACUAUAAUGAAGAUAGUUUCCCCUGUUUUGGCUUAAAGCCCAAAAUAGGGAAGAAUUAUCGCUGUGCUAAUUGUUUGUAUUUGUUUAGGAUUAGACUCACUGGAGUAUUUUAUCUCCCCAUUGCAGAACAGUAGAGCUGUGAGUUCAGUUCAAUGGACAGAGCAAUGGGCUUAACACAUCACUUAUUUGGAAACGUGCAUAAAUCCGACACUACUGCGCCUACUAUCAUUCACUCCCUUUCAUUUGUUCAAAUGUGUUGUAAAAUCGACUUCUUGCUAGCACUUUUUAUAUCAUUGCAGCAACCAUCUUGUGUCCUAUUGUAAAGCAGGCAGAGGAUGCAGUUGCGUUGCACACCAAUUCCAUAAAUUACCUUGAUUUGUAGAUAUUAAAACUAUAAAUAAACAGCUGUAUGAGAGAAUACUACAUGCAUGAUUUUUGCCUGAUACAUUUAUUUUCUGCAAUGUGCUUACAAGCAAAUACGGGUGUCUACUGUGAUGAGUUGAACACUCCAUUCUCUUAGUGCUUGCUGCCAAGUGGGGCCCUUAUCCAAAAAUUGUGCCUGGGUGACACAAAUGACCUCUUAUUAUAUCCUUGUGUUGAUUGUUCCUACUGUGAUGAUCAACAAUUCUCCCCAUGUGCUUGUUAUUCUGUUAAAUGCCUAAAUAAAAAUGCAUGUAAAAGUGUACUAUUAGUGCAUGAACAAUAUACAUUUUGUUUUUCCGCCGACAUGUAACGUUAAUACAGUCUAGAUAUUUUAAAUGUGUGUGUGAGAGAAAUUCUUUUUGUGUUCGAUUCAGUUGAAACUGUGACCAGUGUUUCUGAGAAGCCGGAGAAUCUGAAUGUGAGGGCUGACCAUUAGAAUUGUACUACUAACAGUGGAAGUGAUAACUUGAUCAGUUUGUGAUAGCGUCAGCUUUUUCCUGCAUCCACUGAUGUACAAAUAAAGCACUGCCCACACUGC